AUGGCCGACGUAGAGAUGCAGGAGGGUGCAACAGUGGAAUCCGAUAAGAAGCCUGCAGUCGAAGAAGAGAGUGUUGAACAAGUUAACGCAGAGCCAUCAGAAGAAGUACCCGAGACUGAAGGUGUUGCCACUCCCGACCCAGCUGAAGUUAAAAAGGAGAAUGCUGCUGCUGCUAGUUCGGUUUAUGCUGAAAACGAGACCUUCGGCAAAUUAAUAGCCCAAAACAUGAAAGUUGGUGUUGCCGAAGCUCUCAUGAAACUUUUUGAUACCGGAUGUAUGUCUAUCGAUGAUGUUGAUGAAAGAGCAGUAGAAAUGCUCAACUCAUUCCCUGAAGAACAUGGUAUAUAUAUUUGCGAUCAACUUCGAGAAUCAAUGUUAUUUGGUGUUCAAAAUAAGCCACAAUACCUCAUGUCGUUGAUGCGGAACUUCCGUGACAAGACCAGAAGUGUUGGAACAGCAGCUGUACUGCAAGGCCAACUCAUAACAGGGCCUGAGCGUUCCAAAAUGCAAGAAAUAUUAGAUAGAACAGGCUAUACACUAGAAAUUACCGUUGGGCAAAGAAAGUAUGGAGGUCCCCCACCGGAAUGGGAAGGACCUAUAACUGGACCCGCUGGUCAGGGCCAUGAGAUUUAUAUAGGACAUAUCCCCCACGAGCUUUUUGAAGACUCUUUAAUCCCUCUCUUUGAGCAAUGCGGAAAAAUAUGGGAUCUUAGAUUGAUGAUGGAUCCCAUUACAGGACGAAACCGCGGAUAUGCUUUCCUCACUUACUGUGAGAAGUCCUUCGCUAGUGAAGCAGCCAAAAAGUUUGAUGGUCACGAAAUUUCUCCCGGAAAAACGCUGAAAGUGAACGUCUCAGUUGCAAACACUCGCCUCUUCCUGGGCAACAUUCCCAAGUCGAAAUCUAAAGAUGAAAUUCUUGAGGAGCUUAAAAAGCACGCAGAGGGUGUCGUUGAUGUGAUCGUAUACACCAUCCCUGAUGCCACUGAUCGACAUAAGAACCGUGGAUUCUGUUUUGUUGACUUCAGCGACCACAAGACUGCCUCUGAUGCCAAGAGAAAGAUUCAGCAACACAAGAUUCGUCCAUUUAAUACUGAUUUGGUUGUUGACUGGGCAGAGCAGCAAGACGAGCCUGACGAGGACACCAUGAGCAAGGUGAAAGUAUUAUAUGUUCGCAAUUUACGCGAAUGUGUUUCCGAAGAGAAGUUAAAAGAACUCUUCGCCUCUUUCGGUGAAAUAGAGCGAAUCAAGAAAAUCAAAGACUAUGCCUUUGUUCAUUACAAAGAUCGCGAUUCGUGCCUAAAAGCCCUUGAAGAAUGGAACGGCAAAGAAUUGGAGGGAGUCUGUAUAGACUGUUCCUUAGCUAAGCCUCAGACAGAGAAGAAGAAACGCCCAACUAGAGGGAGAGGUUUUGGCGGAAAUACUAACGCUGGUCCUGGUUUCGGUGCUCCAGCAGGUGCUGGCGGACCUGGACGUGGACGAGCUAACAAUAUGUACCCCAACCAUCGUGGAUUUGAUGACGGAUAUUACGGUGGAGGAGGUGGCUACGGAGAAGGCUACGGUGCCCCUUACGAGAAUUAUGGGCAUGGAGGUGGCUUCGGCGGCCCUGGUUAUGGUGCUCCCAUGGGGUAUGGUGGAUAUGGUGAUGCCGGAGGCUACGGCGGAGCCGGUGGAUAUGGCCAACAUGGCUUCGGUGGAAACUUUGGCGGAAACUGGGGCGGCGGCGGAGGAGGCCGUGGCAACAGUGGACGUGGAGGACGAGGCGGCGGAUCCGGCUUCCGAGGACGUGGAAAAAGACCUGGAGAUAGGAUGGGAGGUCCAGCAUCCAAGAGAGAUAACAGUGCUCCUGAUUUCUCGGCGGACGUGAGCAUGAGUUCUUUCUAG